CUCUAGGAAAGGCGGCACUAACAUUUUAGUAAUUGAUUAAAGCCUAGUCGCAACGGUUACACUUCUCUCUGCAAGUUAUUAGCAAAUAAUAAAAUAAUAAGCUACAAAAUGACCAAGACCCGAGUCUAUGUUGUUGGUGUCGGCAUGACCAAGUUCGAGAAACCAGGUCGCCGUAACGAUGUUUGUUACCCCGACUUUGCCAAGGAGGCAGUUACCAAGGCUCUACAGGAUGCCAGGCUGCAGUACACGGAUGUGCAACAGGCUGUCGUUGGUUACGUCUAUGGUGACUCCACCUGUGGACAACGCGCAGUCUACGAGGUGGGCAUGACAGGUAUUCCCGUCUACAAUGUGAACAACAACUGCUCCACGGGCUCCAGUGCCUUGUAUCUGGGCAAGCAGAUCAUCGAGUCUGGCAGUGCGGAUUGUGUCCUGGCCCUCGGCUUUGAGAAGAUGGAGCGCGGAUCAUUGGCAGCAAAGUACUUUGACCGUGCCAAUCCCAUGGAGCGUCACAUCACUGAAAUGGGAGAACUGACUGAAAUCGGAGCAGGACCAAUGGCUGCCCAGAUCUUUGGCAAUGCUGGCAAGGAGCACAUGAAGAAGUACGGAACAAAGCCCGAACACUUUGGAAAGAUUGCCUGGAAGAAUCACAAGCACUCCGUCAAUAAUCCCUACUCACAAUUCCGCGAUGAAUACACUUUGGAGCAGAUUAUGAAGUCGCCCCAGGUGGUCGAGGGAGUGCUGACAAAGCUGCAGUGCUGUCCCACAUCGGAUGGCUCUGGAGCAGCUAUUUUGGCCUCCGAGCAGUUCGUGCGUCGUCAUGGCUUGGAGAAGCAGGCUGUGGAGAUCGUGGGCAUGGAGAUGGCCAGUGAUCCAGAGUCGACGUUCGCUGACAAGAGUCUGAUGAAGAUUGCCGGCUACGACAUGACUCGCCUGGCUUCCCAGCGCCUGUUCGCCAAGAGUGGAUUUAAGCCACAGGAUGUGCAGGUCGUGGAGUUGCACGAUUGCUUCUCGGCCAACGAGCUGGUCACCUACGAGGCGUUGGGUCUCUGCGGAGAGGGCAAGGCUGGCGAGUUCAUCGACGCUGGCGACAACACUUAUGGCGGCAAGUUUGUGAUCAAUCCCAGUGGCGGUCUGAUCUCCAAGGGUCAUCCACUGGGUGCCACGGGAUUGGCUCAGUGCGCCGAGCUCUGUUGGCAAUUGAGAGGCUUGGCCGAGAAGCGUCAGGUGCCCAAUGUGCAGCUGGCUCUGCAGCAUAAUCUGGGUCUGGGUGGAGCCGUUGUGGUGGGUCUGUAUCGUCUGGGCUUCCCGGCUGCCAGCAACAUCAGGCACAAUCUGACUGCGGCCGCCAAGAUGGCAACUAGCGAGGAAGGCUUCAAGGUGUCGCCGCUUCUGAAGCUGCUGGAACAGGCCAUGCAGGAGGACAAGGACAAUCUAAUUGAAAAGGUGCGCGCUAUUUACGGCUUCAAGGUGAACAAUGGACCCCAAGGUCAGACUGGUUUCUGGGUGAUCGAUGCCAAGACCGGCAAAGGCAAGGUUAUUUUCAAUGGAACACAAAAAUGUGAUGUUACCUUCAUUAUUAGCGAUGAUGAUGUGUUUGAACUGCUGACGGGCAAGCUGCCGCCACAGAAGGCCUUCUUCCAGGGCAAGAUUAAGAUACAGGGCAACAUGGGAUUCGCCAUGAAACUGAUGGACCUGCAACGCUCCGCUCAGGGUCGCAUUGCGGAGUUGCGCGCCAAGCUCUAAAUCUAUCUAUUGAAUGCAUUCCUUAAGCACAUCAACUACUCUGGGGUUGGGCUCUAAAGCUUUUAAAGCGUAGAUGAAAUGAAAUUAUUAAAUAAUUAUUGCAUAUUGUAUUAUUUGUAGCUUUUAA